AUGGGGCUUUUUUCAUCUGGAGGUAGCGGAAAAUAUUUGUAUGUCAAAGUGAGCACAAUGGAUGCCGACCUAGAGAAAAUAACUGUGGAGCCAGAUUGUACAGGACGACAGCUGUUUGAUACAGUUUGCAGAAUUAUCGGUCUAAGAGAGAUUUGGUUUUUUGGAUUACAGUUUGUGAACAAAAAGGGGAUUCCGUGUUGGUUACAAAUGGAUAAGAAGAUAAAUAAACAGGAAGUGCCAAAGCAGGAAGAUGGUUCAAUGCAUCUCAUAUUUCUUGUGAAGUUUUAUCCAGAAGAUGUCGAAGAGGAAUUGAUACAAGAUAUAACGCGUCAUCUUUUCUUCCUUCAAAUCAAACAAAGUAUUCUAAGCAUGCAGCUAUAUUGCUCGGCCGAAGCAUCUGUUCUUCUUGCAUCUUAUGCUGUGCAGGCAAUUCAAGGUGAUUGUGUGGAGAGUUCGAAGUUGCAGUUAAGUGAAUUACUGCCAGAAUGCGUAAUCAAGCAGUACGAUAUGACACCACAGAUGUGGGAGGAACGCAUCAAACGAUGGUGGAUAAAUAAUAGUGGACAAAGCAGAGAAGAUGCAGAAAUGGAGUAUCUACGGGUUGCACAAGAUUUAGAGAUGUAUGGAAUUCAGUACUACCCUAUAUGUAACAGUAAAGAAACAGAUUUAACGCUCGGUGUAUCAGCACAAGGAAUUGGGAUUUACAAAGAAUCUAAUCGAAUUACACCAAGGCCGUUUUUUUCCUGGAGCGAAAUCAAGAAUAUUUCAUUUAAGAAUAAAGUCUUUAAUAUGAGGACAAUGGACAAGAGUACAAUCACAUUUCGUGCAAAGGAUAUCUCCAUCAAUAUGAGUAUAUUAGAUUUGUGUGUUGGUACUCAUAAUUUAUACUUACGAAGACGUCAACCAGAUUUGCUGGAAGUACAGCAAAUGAAAGCUCAGGCGAAAGAGCAGAGGAUUAGACGAAUUCAAGAACAAAAUCGUUUAUCUCGUGAGCGAGAGCAACGUAUACAAGCUGAAGCGGAACGGGAUCGAUAUAAAAAUGAAAUAGCUGCAAUUAAUGAUCAACUACGUAACAUGAAGGAGGCUAUGAAGAAAACUGAAGAAAAUGCUCAUUUGAUGGCAGAAAAAGCGCGAGUAUCGGAAGAGGAAGCUCUCGUAUUGUCAAAAAGAGCCAGCGAGGCUGAAGCAGAAUGCCAGCGCAUGAAACUUUCACAAAUCAAAAAAUUUGUUUUUUGGGCGGAAGAAACGAAAAUGUCUCUGGAGCGGAAGGCACGUGAUGCCGAACUUUGGGCUCAUCGUUUAAUGCAUGAAACAGAACGUCAUGGUUACGAUCCAUACUUAUGCCGUGCACAUUUAUAUGACUCAGAACCGAAUUGGCCGCAGGAUUGGUUAUCAGCGUGCGCUCUGCCUGUCCCACAACGUUAUAUCAAUCAUCAUCGUUUGAUGUCAUCGUCAAGCAGUGGCGAUGGUAGUUACGUGCAAUAUCUAGAUGACGAUUCAAACUUUACAGCUGCUGUCACACCGAUAAUUAAAACACAUCCAUCUUUGUUUAUAAAGAAACAAUCAUUGUUGAAUUGCCCACCGCCCGAUCCUUCCAGCAAUCAAAUGAUGCCAAAUGAUCUUUUGUCUUUACGGACAGAAAUUGAAAAAUCCAGGGCUGACUAUAAUGAGAAAAAAAAAAGUCUUAAAGAAAAGAUGACCGAAUUUCGAAAUGAAAUUGAAAGCUUGAAGGUUGUAGACCGCCAGUCGGAACAUGAUCGAAUUCAUGCAACUAAUCUACAAAUGGGUAUUGACAAGUAUUCCACACUUAGAAAGUCAACUGCUGAAGCACAUGCAUAUCAUGUUUAUAAGAGCGGUGCUGGAGCAACAAAGACUCGCGUUCAAGUGUUUGAUGGACUAUAA